AGGCGGCCGCGGCCCACCGUCGUACCCUCUCAUGCGCGUGCGCACUCGCUCUGGACGCUUUGAAGACCUGGCGGAGCCCAGCACAGAUGGAGGCCUAGGGGCGGCGGGGGCGGAGCGCGCCGCGAGCUGGGGGCGUGUCUGUGGCGGGCGCUGUCUAGAGGAAGGCCGAGCAGCCGCCACCACGCUUUCAGUCGCAGCAAUACGCAAACGAGCCAGGCUGAGGGCCUCGGCGGCGAUGCAGCGACGACGGCGCCCUUCGCCGCAUGCCUCUCAGCUGCCGGAGGGGUGCGGGGGCGGUGGUGGCAGCCGCGGGGGCUGCGGGGGCUGCGGCGGGAGCGGGGAGGUGGAAGUGCAGUUCUCCGCGGGGCGUUUGGGCUCGGUCGCGGUCGAUUCGGCGGCGGCAGCGGCCGCGCGCAGCACCGAGGAGGAGGAGGAGAGGCUGGAGCGCGAGCACUUCUGGAAGAUCAUUAAUGCCUUCCGCUACUACGGCACCAGUAUGCAUGAGCGAGUGAACCGAACAGAAAGACAAUUUCGAUCACUUCCAGCUAAUCAACAGAAACUACUUCCUCAUUUUCUUCUUCACUUGGACAAGAUCCGGAAAUGCAUUGAUCAUAAUCAAGAAAUACUACUGACCAUUGUGAAUGAUUGCGUACAUAUGUUUGAAAAUAAAGAAUAUGGAGAAGAUGGCAAUGGAAAGAUUAUGCCAGCGUCUACAUUUGACAUGGAUAAGUUAAAAUCCACAUUGAAACAGUUUGUGAGAGACUGGUGUGAAACUGGGAAAGCAGAAAGGGAUGCCUGCUACCAGCCAAUCAUUAAAGAAAUUUUAAAAAAUUUUCCAAAAGAGAGAUGGGAUCCUUCUAAAGUAAAUAUUCUGGUACCUGGUGCUGGACUAGGAAGACUGGCCUGGGAAAUAGCUAUGCUAGGUUAUGCUUGUCAAGGAAAUGAAUGGAGUUUUUUUAUGCUCUUUUCUUCCAACUUUGUACUCAACAGAUGUUCUGAAAUUAAUAAAUAUAAGCUUUAUCCCUGGAUCCACCAGUUUAGCAAUAACCGGAGGUCAGCUGAUCAGAUUCGACCCAUCUUUUUCCCUGAUGUUGACCCCCACAGUCUUCCUCCUGGUUCUAACUUUUCUAUGACAGCAGGAGAUUUUCAGGAGAUAUACUCAGAAUGCAAUACCUGGGACUGUAUUGCUACCUGUUUCUUCAUAGACACAGCUCACAAUGUAAUUGAUUAUAUUGACACAAUAUGGAAAAUACUCAAGCCAGGUGGAAUUUGGAUAAAUCUAGGUCCUCUGCUGUACCACUUUGAAAAUUUGGCAAAUGAACUUUCCAUAGAAUUGAGCUAUGAGGAUCUAAAAAACGUUGUUCUCCAGUAUGGAUUCCAGCUAGAGGUGGAAAAAGAAUCUGUCUUGUCAACAUAUACUGUGAAUGAUCUCUCCAUGAUGAAAUACUACUAUGAAUGUGUCUUGUUUGUGGUGCGUAAACCACAGUAAGGUUCUCAAGUGAUAUCACCAAGAAAAAAGUUUAUGAGAGCAAAUCCUGAAAUAAACAACUCAAAAUUAACUAUCACAAUGACAGGACACAACCUCAAAUCAGUGGUGCCUUUUUAUUCCUAACAAAAUUUAGAAAUAGCAUCUAUUUUCUUAAUAUGUCUAAUGCUUUUUCAGAAAUAAACUAUGCCAUGCAUAUUUGUACUACACAAGUAACAAUGGAGGAAGUGUCUUCAAGUAUACUUUUUUCUUGAAGCCCAGAUUGUCUUUCAGUAGGAAAAACUUUAUCUCCAGUGUCUUCUUGAAGCUGUCCGUUCCAAGCCUGCCAUCCUAAUGACUAAUAGUAUUGAAGUCCAUAAUAAUCUCCUUUUUUGUUUUGUAUGCAUUGCACACUAUUUUUAGAAGGGUCUAAGGAUCUUCUGUCAUUCAACAUUUGGAAUUGAGACUUUCAUUCACUUUGGAUCUAAGCAAUCUAUACAUGAAAUAUGUGUCUAUUCUUUUAUUAUUCAAUUUUUUUGUCUAGCUCAGCUGAAUUUAGAGAAACAUCAAAACUUUUUGUUUUUAUGAAGUGCUAAAUUUCAUAGGGUCACAGGUCGACCAGUAAAAAUGCAUUCAAGUAACCAAGAAAUUAGUCUCUUGACCACACUAAACUCAACAUUUUUUGACAGCAUAUUCAUCAUGGAUCACUCUGAAAUGUGUGAAGAUCUCAACAUUCUAAGUGAGGCACAAAAGCCUCUGUUAAAGGUAUGGUAGGACACUGGGGAAAUAAGAAUAAAAUCUGCCCAUUAGAAAUGUAUGAUUUCAAAUGAUAAAUGAAUACCGAGUCAGCGAGAUGUUUGCAAUAAUGUCUUUUCUUCAGAUUACCUGGAUUAUCGCUUCUCAGCCUUUUGGCUAAAAUCAAGUGUAGAUUACCUGGAUUAUAAAAGCCAGAAUUUUUUUUUGUUGUGUUAAAACAAUUAUAUACUAGUAAAAACUGUCAUGAAGGUAUUAAUGUAGGGAAAUUUAGAAUAUGGAAUUCAGGGAUAAAUCACUGCCUGUGGUCUGUGUGUUCAAUAUUGUAAGCAGCAGCCAUUAAUAUAAUUUCAGAUUAACAUCAAUUUUGUUCCCUGAUACCUGGGGCUAAAACAGAAUAUGCUGCUUUGAAUUUCUACCUCUAGCAGAUCUUUAUUGGAGGGAGAUUUCCUUUGUAUUUUUUUAUGUUUAUCAUUCUGUUUCCAGUACCUGGGAAAAUUGAGGUGACAAAUUUAAUGUUUUAACCUUUUCUUGGAGAAAAGGAAGUACUCUUUGAAUAUUUUUACAGAUGAUUGUGAUGGCAUUAAAUGACCUCUGUGGCAAUUUGGAUUAGAUAGACUAAUCUCAAUAAUGUGCUGGUAGCAGAAAUAUCAUGGUUUAAUAGGAAAACAUAUUUGUAAAUCUUUAAACCUUUAUGGUCAGGUAGGUUGGGGAAUCACUACAGGAUUCGGCAUCUUACAAGUAGGAGCCUUUCUGCAUACAGUAAGGAAACUCUUGUGGUCUUUACGCCCAUUCUGCAGUAAAGGAUUCCAUGAAGAUAAUUUGACUUGUCAAUUUAUGGAAGGAACCCUGUAACCUGUUGAGUUUCUUUUUUUUUUUUUUAACUAUUUCUCUUUUUGUGUGUCCCUCAACACUUGGCAGAUGAUCAUUUAGUGGGAAUUCACAUUAUGUACCACAUUAAUGAACUUGAAAUAAAUUGCCAGGGGUGGGGAAAAUCUUAACCGGAACCUAGGUAUUUAAAAUGUCUAUUGAAAGGAAAAGAAAGCAUAUUGUUUUUGAGUAAUUUACAAAGGCUUUUUAUUCACUGACUAGUAUUCACUUUUUUACAACUUGUAUCAAAACAAAUUAUCUUGUUUUUUCUCAGGCAAAAACAAGUUGACACUGAUGGAUUGGCUUUAUUCCUAAAAAUUUCUGCUAUCGGGUUUUAUUCUUUAAUAAAACUUAUAUUUCUAAAUUAUAGCUUACAUUUUAGUAAAUUUUGAAAUCAGUUAUUUGUUUUUAAUUUCUCCCUCAUAUUAUGAAUACUUUUUAAAAUGUUCUACUUAAAUUUGCAUUGCUUUUUUCCUCAUAGCUUUUGCAGUUAAUAUAUUCUAAACUUGAAAAUUAUGGUAUUAAUCAAUAAUAGAAGUGUCACUGGAGGAUUUAAUUUUGUAUUUCUUAUGUGUAGUCCUAAUUAAGGGUGUAAGCCUUAAAGUUUUUUACUUUUUUCUUAAAUUAGCUGUACACACAAAUGUUUUCAAUCAUUUUAAUAAAGUGAAAGGAGAUAGGUCAUUGUGCUUGCUGAGUAUUCUGGGGGUUUUUUUCCUCCAUAAUCUGAAGUGGUGCAGGUUAGAGUAUGUUAAUCAAGUUAGCAAAGGUGGAAUAUGUAAAAAAUAAAGAGAAGCUGUUUAAAUCACAGUAUAAAAUUAUGAAAUUUGGGAACUGUAAAGUGUACUGUAUUUAUAUGUAAUUCUCAUUCUAAAAGUUGCCACAAAGGUUAAACUGGAAGCUUCAUGUAUGCAUGAAAUUUCCUGUAUUUUUAAUGUGUAUGAUGAACUUGAUUUUUCUUAAAUAUUAAAGUCUGCCAAUUGCUACGAAACAA